CACCCCUCGCACGACACCCCGAAUCAGACUCACCGUGGUCGCAACCAAGUCACACGACGCCGGCAUCCAGAACCAGAGGAACCGCCUGUACGACAUCGCAGGCUUGGCGAUGCCCGCGGCACCACCCGUAUCGUCCUCGACCAGGCGAACCGCGCCUUCCCGGGAAGUGUUGGAGGAGUCGUCGUUGUUCUGUCGCGCGAAUCGCCCCAUCAGGAAGCUGUAGACCGUCGGAAGGACACCUGUCGCGAACAUCAGCCUCGGUCCCGCGGCUCAAGCGCCUCCACCAACACAGUAUCUCGCCGCCUGGGAUCGCAUCAGCGUGACAGUCUGCAGCACGGGCUGCUCGUAAAUCACGCGCGUAGCCGGAUCGUCUCCGUCGUCGCAGUUCGCAACGCAUUGCAUAUCCUGCGCGGGGGGUUAAAUCAGCCGGUUCUUGUCGACAUAGCCUCGACGACUCGCUUGGUAUUUCGUCAACAGAGACAUGCACGAGCCCUGCGGAUGAUCAGCAGCACGUUCCGACCACCAGUUGAGCGAGGCGCACGA